UUCGUGAACCAUUGAGGGGACCCUCCUUUCCCUGAUGCUCGACUGCCAGGUGCAGGCCUGGCCCUCCAGGCCUCUGGGGACAGGCCUCCUGGCUGGGAGGCCUCUUCUGUAGGGGCGGGGCGGUUGGGCCAGCUGCUGAUCCCCUCCUUCUGCCUGUCCUUCCAUCUGCCACCCUCCACCCUCCACCCCUGCGGGGCCCUGGUUGCCAUGGAACCUCAUUAAUCAGGCAGGCAGACCCCUGAGCCUGUGGGGAAGGACUGGGUGGGCUGGGCCUCUGGGAGCUGAAAGGAAGUUCCCAGUGCUAGGAGAGAGUGAAAGUGUUCCAGGGAGAUCCCUCCAUAAAGUCCUUCAUGAUCCUUGACUGGCAGGAGGCUCAAGGCCCACAGACAGUGGGGGGCCCAGAAGAAGCAGCUGAGUUAUAGUGGGAGCAGGGAGUGAAGCCUGGAGCUUGGGCCUGUGGGCUGCAGGGCAGGGUGUGCAGACCAGUUUGACUGGUGCAGUGGGUGAAGGUGGGGCUAGCCUGGCAAGAUGGGGUCCCGGUAGGGGACUGGGUGCAAGUGGGAGGGGCAAGGAGGGAGAAGUUGCUUUGCAGCUGAUGGGGGAUGUGGGUGGCAGCUGGUCCCUGAGGCAUCCUGAGAAGCCUCCCUCACCCCCUUUGGCCACAUGCCCAGUGUGGCCUUCCUUCCGAAAUCACCAAGAUGCUAAUAAUAAUAACAAUGAAGCCACUAUUGUUUUGAGGAUGUUUUUUGUGCCAGGCUCUGUGCCAAGCACUUUACCCAAUUAGCAUGUUUAACCCUGUCAGCAACCUUUCCCUUUUCCAGAUAGGGAAGCUGAGGCCUAGAGAUGUUCGAGCCUUCACUAGUCAUUCAUCUAAAGUGGUGGGACCAGUCCAAAUAUCCUGAGGUGUUGACCACAGGGAUGCCUUGCAGAUGUCUCCUGGAGAUGCUCAGAGGAGUGGAAGAAAGCCCAGAAAGGUUCCUAAUGAGUGAGCAGGAGAGGGGUUGUACCCAGGUGAAACGGAGGUUGGACCUUGAAACUGACCAUCAGUACCUGGCUGAGAGCAGUGGGCCAGUCCGGGGCAGAGGCCGCCACCCAGGAAAAGGUGUGAAAUCCCCAGGGGAGAAGUCACGCUAUGAGACAUCACUGAAUCUGACCACCAAACGCUUCCUGGAGCUGCUAAGCCGCUCAGCUGAUGGUGUUGUGGACCUGAACUGGGCAGCAGAGGUGCUGAAGGUGCAGAAACGGCGCAUCUACGACAUCACCAAUGUCCUCGAGGGUAUCCAGCUCAUUGCCAAGAAGUCUAAGAACCACAUCCAAUGGCUAGGCAGCCACGCCACGGUGGGACUCGGUGGGAGGCUCGAAGGGCUGACUCAGGACCUCCAGCAGCUACAGGAAAGCGAGCAACAGCUGGAUCACCUGAUGCACAUCUGUACCACGCAACUGCAGCUGCUUUCCGAGGACUCUGACACCCAGCGCCUGGCUUACGUGACCUGCCAGGACCUUCGAAGCAUCGCUGAUCCUGCAGAGCAGAUGGUCAUGGUGAUCAAGGCCCCUCCUGAGACCCAGCUCCAAGCCGUGGACUCUUCAGAGAACUUUCAGAUCUCCCUUAAGAGCAAACAAGGCCCCAUCGAUGUUUUCCUGUGCCCUGAGGAGAGCACGGGUGGGAACAGCCCUGGGAAGACCUCAUCCCUGGGGGCAGCUUCUGGGGAGGAGGACAGGGCGGCUGAUCCAGACACCACAGUGCCACCACCAUCAUCUCCCCCCUCAUCUCCCACCACGGAUCCUGACCAGUCCCUGCUCAGCCUGGAGCAAGAACCGCUGCUGUCCCGGAUGGGUGGUCUACGAGCCCCCGUGGACGAGGACCGCCUAUCCCCGCUGGUGGCGGCUGACUCGCUCCUGGAGCACGUGCGGGAGGACUUCGGCCUUCUCCCCGAGGAGUUCAUCAGCCUUUCCCCUCCACACGAGGCUCUUGACUACCACUUCGGCCUUGAGGAGGGCGAGGGCAUCAGAGACCUCUUCGACUGUGACUUUGGGGACCUCACCCCCCUGGAUUUCUGACGGGGCCUGGGGGGGGCUCAGGGCCUCUUGAGAUCCCCCCCCCCGCAUCUUUGCAGCCCUGGAGCCCUCUGCCCAUCUGCCCAGCCUGAUUGGAAACAGUCUAAUUUAUACCCCCUCUCCUGUGUCCAGAAGCUUCUAGCUCUGGGGUCUGGCUACCGCCUGGAGGCUGAGCAAGCCAGGAAGGGAAGGAUUCUGUGUUUGUGGUGUGUAUGUGCAUGCACCCAGCACGCCCCACGAGUGUACCUGGGGUGAGUGGUGUGUGAGCAUGUAUGUGUGCAUGUACCGGAGAAUGAAGGUGAACACAUCUGUGUGUGCACUGCAGACACGCCCCAGUGUGUCCACGUGUGUGUGCGUGCGUUCAUGUGUGCUCUGGGGGGCUCUAACUGCACUUUUGGUCUCCUUGCUCCAGGGGCCCCAUGAGGCCCAGGGUGGCCGCCUGCCCCCAAAAUCCUGCACACUGACUGGGUCAGGCGGGGAGCCUUGGCCAUCUGGGUUUGCAGGUCAGCGAGAGCACUUCUGUCUUAAAGGUUUUUCUGAUCGAAGCUUUAAUGGAGCGUUAUUUAUUUAUCAAGGCCUCCUUGGCAAGCCUGGGGAUCCAGCAAAGGGUAGGAGGGAUGUAGGGCUGAACCCCAGCUCCUCCAUACCUGAGCUGUACUUUCAUCCCACCUGGAAGGAGCUGAGGCCUGAGCGAUUUAUUUAUUGGGAAAGUGAGGGAGGGAGACAGACUGACAGCCAUGGGUGGAUGGAGGGAUGGCCCCUUGCUAGGGGUCACGUCAGGGCCCCACCUGGCCCCAGGAUGGAUGUGAGAUGGAAGAGGUGAGUGGGGGACCUUCACUGAUGGGGUGCAGAAGGGGUGGAGGAGGGGCCUCCCCUGCCAAACCACAGGGGCCCUCCUGUGUGUUUGAAGGGCCCCUCCACUUACUGCUCUGCCCACCCUCCAAUCUGCACUUUGAUUUGCUUCCUAACAGCUCUGUUCCCUCCUGCUUUGAUUUUAAUAAAUAUUUUGAUGAUGUUUGGACUAGG